AUGCUGGAUUUUGCCAAGGAAGACCGAGCAACUUGUGGUGAAUCAGCAGCAGCAGCACGAGAUAAGGAAAAGGAGGAGGAGGAGGAGGAGGAGGAGGAGGAGGACGAGGAGGAGGACGAGGAGGAGGAGGAAACAAAAGGGGCUUCGUAAGGAAAGAAGGGAACGCUGUUUUUUUAAUUUCCUCAGAAAUUAACUGCGAACUUUGGGUAGAUCAGUAUAUUCUAGGUCUACAGGCUUAGAUAGAUAUUUUUUGCAUGAAUAUUUGGGUUGAAAUGCAUCAGCCACAGCCGUAACCGCGUAAUAUUCAUUAACUGCUAGUAGGUCGCUAGCAGUAUAUAUAAAUAUAUAUAUAUAUAUAUAUAGCGGUAGGGGGCGCUCACCGAUCGUUCAUACGGAACUCACUCGUUCCGUUGUGCCUUAAGAGCUCUCUCUCGAGCCCAACCAGCAGCCGCACAGCGGCGCAUGAUACAUAGGCAGAAUGUUAUUCUGCCUAUGUAUCAUGCUCCGCUGUGCGGCUGCUGGUUGGGCUCGAGAGAGAGCUCUUAAGGCACAACGGAACGAGUGAGUUCCGUAUGAACGAUCGGUGAGCGCCCCCUACUGCUGUAUAUUCCGGAUCGAAAACCGACAAGGCAACGGGCUCGUGGCCCGGUGAGUAGAGGCGUUGACUUCUAAACCAACAGGUCGCGAGUUCGAGGCUCGGGUGUUCCACACUUCGGGCUUGGGUAUGGCUGGCUGACGACGGCUAAUAAGCCAGAAAUGGCCAUUCCAGUCUCCCUUGUCUUUGUCGGUAAUGUUAUUCUGCCUAUGUAUCAUGCGCCGCUGUGCGGCUGCUGGUUGGGCUCGAGAGAGAGCUCUUAAGGCACAACGGAACGAGUGAGUUCCGUAUGAACGAUCGGUGAGCGCCCCCUACCGCUGUAUAUUCCCGAUCGAAAACCGACAAGGCAACGGGCUCGUGGCCCGGUGAGUAGAGGCGUUGACUUCUAAACCAACAGGUCGCGAGUUCGAGGCUCGGGUGUUCCACACUUGGGGCUUGGGUAUGGCUGGCUGACGACGGCUAAUAAGCCAGAAAUGGCCAUUCCAGUCUCCCUUGUCUUUGUCGGUAAUGUUAUUCUGCCUAUAUAUAUAUAUAUAUAUAUAUAUAUAUUUACAGGUGAGCCUAACCCCCUGCAGCUCUGUCAUGCAGCGGCAGAAUAUCGGCAAAACAUGCUUGUAUGGGCUUUUGGCUGUUACCUGUGCUGUUAGUCUGUAUCACCUUACCCUAAAGUAUGAUACUAGCUGCCUGUCGACAGUUAACGAAUAUUACGCGGUUACCCGCUGUGGCUGGUGAACUUCGGCCCAAAUAUUCAUACAUUAAAUUCCCACUCUGUGCCUAUAGACCUUGAAUAAACUGAUCUACUCCAAGUUCUAAAUCUCCAAAAGUCUCAAUCUCUCGGAGCACUGUGCCUUGAUAGUCUCCAAAGCACGUAGAACGACCGGGUUUAUCCUCCGAAACUUUAAAACUAGGAACAUUAGAAUGCGCCUUUUCAACAUGUACUUUAGACCGGGUCUGGAAUACUGUUCGUUUUUAUUUAACCUCAUGCGUGCUACUGAGCGGAAGAAAAUUUAAUCCGUUCACCACUUUUUUACCAAGAGAAUUUUAACCCUGGAACACCGAAAUCUGUCUUACCAAGAACUUUGCCGGCCUACCGGCCUUGAUCCUUUAUGGUUCCGUAGAUUACAAAAGGGACUAUUUUUGCUAUCUAAACUCUUAUAUAAUCACAGAUUUAACCCACUCACCUCUUUAAGACAUCAUAUCCACCCACGACGUAUGUAACAGUCACCGUGAGGUCUUCUUAUUUCUGCCUCUGGCACGUGCUGUUAAAUAUCGUCGGUUCCUUUCUGUAAAUGCAAUUGCUAUUUGGAAUAAACUACCCAGGAAUGUAAAAAUCUGAAAAAUUAUCCAUUAUGUAAGAGAACUAUUACUCGAUUUUUGCAUUCAGAAAAACUCCCACAAAUUUUGGGUGCUGAAUCCACUGAUCGACUCUACCGUAGCGAUGGCGUUUGUGAUCUCUGAACACUAUGGCCGGUCUCACCAGCUGUUCCUCAACGCCUCUACUUUGACGUCCGAUAAUCUCCGAUACCGUGCAACCCCCAUCUUUUUGGCGGUCGACAGUCUGCGCAGUUAAUUUAUAAGGAAACUAAAAAGCAACAAAUUGUAAAUUGGAGUAUCUACCAUAAAGCGGGCGGGUAAUGCUGGGGGGACCCACUGACGAGCCGACUCCCUCGCGGAUGUACAAUGCAGCGGCAGAAUAUCGACGAAACACGUGUGUAUGGUCUUUUGGCUAGUACCUGUGCUGUUGGUAUGGUAUCCCCCUAGCCUAAAUAUUAAAAAGACAACGUGACCAGGAGAAAGACGAGGUGUAAAAAGCAGACUUGUAAAGAAGGAAUCAAGGUUAGGGCAAGGAGAAUAAAAGGAGAUUGACAACUCUACUAAAACUGGACUGACGACAGCCAAUCAAGAAAGGGAGCGAGGGACUAAAUACGAAUGUAUUAGAAAAAAAAUGAAGAAAAGGAGGAGGAAAGUGGAGGAGAAGCAGGGGAAUACGAAUAAGGUGGGUGAGAAAUAGGAGACAAGUAUGGCGCGAGGGAGAAUUAGUAGAGUAGGACGACGAUGAUGACGAUGCUGCUGCUGGUGAUGAAGAAGAAGAGGAAGAAGAAGAAGAAGAAGAAGAAGAAGAAGAAGGAGGAGGAGGAGAUGAUGAUGAUGAUGAUGAUGAUGAUGAUGAUGAUGAUGAUGAUGAUGAUGAUGAUGAUGAGGAUGAUGAGGAUGAUGAUGAUGAUGAUGAUGAUGAUGAUGAUGAUGAUGAUGAUGAUGAUGAUGAUGAUGAUGAUGAUGAUGAUGAUGAUGAUGAUGAUGAUGAUGAUGAUGAUGAUGAUGAUGAUGAUGAUGAUGAUGAUGAUGAUGAUGAUGAUGAUGAUGAUGAUUGCGUGGUCCCCCAAACGAGCCACACGGUAGAUUCGCUGAACCAACACAAGGGCCAUAUCAGAUUCUGGAAGGCGUUAUCGAAUUUGCGAACCAUAAUAAAUGCCGACAUUUCGUGGUGCGGUGUCAGACCCGGUUGCCGGCAGACGUCGCACACACUGCGACCCCAGCCGUCCCCUUGUUUUUUUGGUCGAAAACCUGGUCAUUUGUUGUGUGGACCAGGGUGUGUGGAGUAUAGCGCCAAGGUGCGGGCUCAACCAUGCUAUCCACCUACGUCUUCACCGCCUCCGGUCUUCUUGACUGUGUAUUGACACCAGGUCAAUGUCGGGGAGGAGGAGAAGGAGGAGGAGGAGGAGGAGGAGGAGGAGGAGGGGGAGGAGGAGGGAGUGUGGCAGAUACUUCGCAAGUCUACUAGCACUAUAAACUAA